CCGCGGCCGCCGCCUCGUCCGGGCUCCGCAGCUCCGCCGCCCGCGGGGACGCCAUGGAACCGCCACCGGCCUGCGCGCACGAAGGUGAGCGGAGGAACCGGGACGGGAUGCUCCUCUGGGUCGGAAACGGGUCCCCGAACCAGAGCCGAACCCCGGGGGCAGGAUGCUUCCCCUCCCCGGAGUCGCUUCGCCUGACCGAGCUGCCAACCCCGCCCCGUAGGUCUCCGAACCGGGCUGCUCCUCCUGGGAUCCCGCUUAGCCGAACCAGGCUACCUUCGGAGCUGAGACCCCGCCCGGACUGUCCCCGUUCCCCGGAGCCGACCCCCAGACUGGGCUGCUCCCCUUCCCUGAACCCGGCACCUGCCUCUCCGAACCGCGUCGUCCCACCUGGCUGUCCCCUUCCCAGACCAGGCUCGUACCGCGCGACCCACCUUCCCGAAUCCCUCUGAAACCCCCUGUUGGGACCUGUGUCCCUGUGACUCCACUAAACUGCCCCUCACCGGACCCUCUUCUCCCGCCGGGCUCUGCCCUCCGGUUCCCCGCUCCCGCACCGAGCUGUGCCCCGUGCACCGGGCUCCGCUCCCGCUUCUCCGCUCGGUCUGCCCUCCCCGCCGAUGCCCGCACUGAGCUGCCCCGUUUCGUCUCCCGGUCCCCCGCGUCGGGCUGCCUACCCCCGCCGCCUCCCCGGCUCCCCGGACAGGUGCCGGUGCCGGUGCCGCCGCGGGGCGGGCGGUGGGUGCCCCGAGCUGCGGUCGCGCACGGCCGCCGCACGCACACGCACACACACACACGUACGGGGGGCACACACAUGCACUCACAUGCACACGCCCUGGUGCAUUACCGGCACCUGCUGUGCGCGUACCCUGUGCAACAGGGACCCUUCUGUGCACCCCCUUCGACAGCGCCGGGACCCUCCGUAGGCACCCCGGGGGCUGCGUGGGGAGGGGCUUUGGAGAGGACAGAGCACACGGUGGGUUUUGUGGGUCUGCCUGGAGGACGUGCCCCCCACAAGCAGCAGUGCUCUGUGGGACCCGAGGCGGAGCUGGGCCAGAGACACUGGGGCUUCAGGAUGAGCAUCCCCAGCUCCAGACAAAGCAGAGAGAGGUCCCAUAUGGACGUUGCUCAGCCUGUCCCCAAAUUCCUGGGAAAAGUGGGGGUUGACCUGGGUUUGGGCCAGGCAUGAUAUGCCCCAGCCUGGGACAAAGGAGCUCCUGGCCCCACCACAAUCCCAUUGCAGUCCUAUGGCAUAACGCCCCCCCUUCACACACACACGCACGUUAUUUAUUCCACUUUCCCCAGAGCAUUCAUGUCAGUGCCUGCACUCUUCUUCUCCCUGACCUGGCACCAGACCAGGCACGUGCCCUAGCAGCGACCUGCUGGCAGCCACACACUUUCCCUCGUUUGUUAAUACGACGUGGUCUAUUUCCACAUUUGGAGCAGUGCCUGGAGAUGUGGAUGUAAAACCCAAGCAGUAGCGGGUGGGCUGCUGACAGCUGCUAGGAAGGUUUGUCCAUCACAUUGCCAUUCCCUUCAACACCUUCACAUGCUUCCAGCAUCUCCACAAGCACACCCAGUGAGUGCUGCAGGCGCUGGGUGAGCUCAGUGCUGGGGCUGCAGGGAUGCCCCUUGUGCCCUGCACCCUGUCCCCUUCGUGCACACAGCACGUUCCUCUGCAGCUACACUGGGCUCUGUGUUAUCCACAGUGUCUGGACACUGCUCCACAUGGAGAUGGGAGUCUCCUGCCACCUGUGUCAUGACAGGGCAGGGAUUUUCUCUGAGGUCUCUGUCAGAUACAGCUAAAAUGGAUUUAAAAGGGUCAGAGAGUUUUAGGGCGUGCCACACAAAUGAAGAGGUGUAUCUGUGUUUUCUGAGGGCUGCACAGGCUCAGCACCUAUCCAGGCACAGUGUCUAUCCAUGAUGCAGACUGGAACCCUCUAGACCAACACAUGGCACCUCCAGUUUCUGAGCUGCAGUAGGGGCAUGGACCUGCCAUUGGAAUGAGAUGAUCUGUAAGGUGUCUUCCAACCCAAACCAUUCCGUGACUCUGUGACUCUGUGAAACACAGAGGCUUCUCAGCACAGUGUCCCCAGAGAUGCAGCCAGAAGUGGGCCAAGAAAGAAGCAGAAUUAAAUAUAAAUGUAAGUGCAUCCUGACACAUUAACUACAUUUAGAGAGGCUUUAGUACCAACCCACUCCACAGGAAGGCAGGAGAUACUUGGAGACAAGUAGGUCAUGGGACACAGAUUGUCCCGAAUCAGCAGGAAAAGAUGGAUUUGGAGCAGGCAGGCAUGUCGCUGUGAACAGAUGGGCAGGAGCAGAUCUGCUACCUCACCAUCGCCAAAUUCCCUGGGAAGAUAGAACUGCCACCAGUUUGCUCCUGAGCAGAGCUGUGGUCAAGCCCUCUGUUCUGGAGCACCCAAGCCCUGUUGCUGCCCGUGCACCCAGGGAUGCCAAGGUCAGGAGCCCAGCCAGGAUGGGGAUUUGUGGGCCAGAAGCAGAGGCACUCAUGUUGUGCCUCCCACCUACCUUCAUACAAGGACAGGGCUGAGCUUGCAUGGCAUCAGGGCUCCAUGCUGCCUGGGGGGCUGCUCCUGCACCCCAAUCCCACAGCAAUGCAUCAGCCUGUGAUGGAUGAGAUGGAGGGAUGCAUCCUGUGCUGUCCCAGGAUCCCACUGCCAUUGAUGCAUGGGAGCUGGCAGGGACCCCAGGCCUUUGAAGGGGCCUUGGGAAGCCCCAAAACCUUCCCCAGUCUGAUCCCGAGUGACUGAGCAUGAGGCUGGGGUCUGGCAAAGGCCACUCCAUGCCCAAGGUGCUGGCACUAAGGGAACAGUAGGAGAGACUGAGACAGCCAAGAUCUAUGCUGCCAGUGGAGGAGCAAAGAGAGGAGAGAGACAGCCAAGGUCAGAGGGAGCACUGCCAAAAUUCACAAUGAAACUGCAGGAGUGCUGGAGGGGAGAGACAGACGACUUGGAAAGAAAAGGAAAGAGGAGGGAGGGAAGAAGUCUGGGAGAUGGAAUAGGGUGAAGGAGCCAGACGGGGAGCCAGGGAUGGGAACAUGUCACUCCUCAGACAAAAUGAUUGAACAUGGAUGAGAGGGACAGCAAAUGAGAGCCUCAGGCAGGCAGAAGAGGACAGCAGGAGCAGGAAUGUGAUGGAGCUAGACAGGCUGUGGACCUGGCUGUUUCCUAACACAGCCCUGUGCAGCACAGCCCAGUUUUGGGGAGUGCACAGCCGUCUGGUGCCCACUGGCAGUGCUGACCCCUAUCCAACCUUACCACUGAGGGGAAGUUUCAUUCCUGCCUCCUUAGCAUUCACAGCAUCCCAUGGCAGAGCGAGUGCCCGCAGCCAGCACGGCUCAAGGUGACUCAGAGGUCAGGGAAAAAGCAGCCAGGCGAUUCAGGAGCUGGCUCUGCAUCAUUGAGAGAUCCAGCAGUUCGGGAGGACCAAAGGUUCCCAGCACAUCACGGCCUCCCUGCCUGUCACUGUCAGUCCCUUUACCCCAGACACGACACCCCAGUACUCCCCAUGGAUGGGGGUGUUUCUGAUCCAGCAAACUGCUCUGGGGAGCUGUUGCCACCAGCAAGGCAGGCAGGGCUGGAUAUCAGCCUUGGUGCUGGGGAGGACUGGAGCUACACAGUGGGCAUCAGUGAGGAUGGUUCCCCUCUCAUAGGACAUGGAGUUCCCAGACAGGUUUGGUGCCCUGGAAGAGCAGUGGAUACCUGCUCUGGGGCUCGUGGGAGGUUCCUGCAAGUCCCCGUUGGGGAAUACCACUCCAAGGAUGGUUUAUAGCAAAAAUCCCUCUCUUUCCCCAAAUGUCUGAGCCCCAGCCCAAAAGCAGCUGGAGGGAUGGAGUCCUGUUUGCCACUAUGGCCAGCUGUACAGCCACACUGGGAUGAGGUUCAGCACUUUCCUGAUGAUAAUUAAGAUCUCUUUUUCUUCAGCUAACACCAGGGAGACAGGGAAAACCACAGGUGCCUUGUGAUAUGGCAACAGCUGAUGCUCGAGGCUGUGCCUGGGAGCAACGGGAGCCUCGCUGUGUUCUGCCUGAAUAUAAAGCAUGGAAAACACAAACCAGAGGGUGACAAACUAUUUUUUUCCUGGCUGGUGACACCAAAGUGUGCAAACAUACUGUCUUCUCUCAGGGCUGGCUGGAGCUGACACAGAUGGAUGGCUGUGCAUCUUUCGCCUUCCCCCUCUGCACAGAGUUAGCUAUAGCUCUGCGAACCUCUGGACACUUACUCCUGGGGGUGGUACGGAUUUACCACAGGAAAGCAAAGUACCUCUUGGCAGACUGCAGUGAAGCUCUGACCAAAAUGAGGACAGCCUUUCGCCCAGGGCUUCUUGACCUUCCAGUUGAGAACUUUGAGGCUGCUUAUCAGUCCAUUACGUUACCUGAAGAAUUUCAUGAUUUUGAAACACCACUACCAGAUGUAAAGGCCAUUGAUGUUGCUGAACAUUUUACCUUGAAUCAGAGCAAACCUGAAGAAAUCACACUUACAGAGGAUUAUGAAAGCAGUAUACUCCUCUGUGAUAGAGACUUUGAUGAAGAAGCAGAUGCACUGAGGAGACAGAGCUUCUUUGAGGGCAGUGUCCUGACGAGCAGUAACAGCCUGGUGGCCGACCCCAACUCAGCCAGCACCAGCGAAGACAAAUCUGUGGUGCAGGAAGAUGUUUACUGCUUCCAGAAUGACCAUUUUGGGGAUGAGGAGGAUGCAGUAGAUAUGAUUGAAAUCCUGUUGAGGGAUGAGAAAAAUGUCCUAGAUAAAGACAUUCUUGAUGUGGACGAAGCACGUCCUUUGUCACAAGAUCUGCCGGAGAACAGCACAGCCAUUGAGUCCAACUGUGCAGACACAACCGUUAAGGAUGUAAAUCACACAAUGAACGAGACAAUCCUUUUGUUCCAGGAAGAAGGAUUUGUGCUUGAGCCAGUUGAUGAUACAGCUGUCACCCAGAGGAACAAAAAACAAAGAAAGAGGAAGCUGCUGGUGGAUGCAGAGAAGGAGCUCAGCUGCCAGACCAUUCACAAGCAGCUCACCAACUCCACAGACCUCCUGGCCACGCUGGACCUUGCUCCCCCAACGAAGAAAACAAUGAUGUGGAAGGAGUGGGGAGGUGUGGAUAAACUCCUGUUCUAUCCUGCACAGCCUAUGAUUCAUACUCAGCUGCAAAAGUUGUUUGAAAAAUGCUUCAAGACUGACAGAUUUAAGAUGAGAGCAGAUGGAAUACAGAGGAUGUCUGAAAUUAAAGAAAUGAGAAAAGAGCAAGAUACUACAGAGAUGCUGCCAGUAGAAGAGCCAAGUUACCUGCAGGAGCCAGCUCAUUCUGAGACUACGAGAAAAACUGAAAAUGAUUCCUUUACGUUGACAUCACAGAAUGACAGAAAUGAAAGCAAUGAGAACUGUGGUGAAAUUAUAGAGGAUGGAGCAGCUUUUUCUGAGAGCUCAAAAAAUUCCCUGGGUCAGGAAGCUGAAGCACAGCAGGUGGAAGUGCCAAAGGAGAAAACCAGGAAAGACAGUGAAGAAAUAAGAUGGCGCAAAAGAACUCUUCGGUUACAAAAAACUUUACAGCAACUGAAGAGGUCAGGCAUGUGUUCCUUCAGUUUUCGGGAGCUGUGCCGGAGAAACAACCGGAAAGAAGCUGCAGCCACAUUUUACACCUUUCUGGUGCUGAAGAAGCAGCAGGUGCUCAAGCUGCAGCAGCACGAGCCCUUUGCUGACCUCACAGCCACUGCUGGGCCCAUGUUUGACAAGAUCAGACAAACUGAUCAAAAUACAGCUUAGGUUGCAUUUUCCAGCAAAUAGUUUUCCUGGAAAAAGGAUGGAAUGUCUUGUCAAACUGCGGCAGAUGAGCAGAGCUCCCUGUUCUCUACACCACCCAGACAUGGCUUGUGCAGGGGUCCUGCCCCAGGUGAUCUCUACAGGGCUUAUUAUUAAUAUUUAUAGUUACAUGAUGAGUUCUAUGAUACUUAGACAAUAUGCUAAUAAAAUACCACUAAAAUAUAUAUUCUACAUAAGAGACUUACAUUGUGAAGGAUUUUAUAAAAGACCUCAAAGGAAUUUUAUAGAAGUCCUUAGAGGGUUUUUAUAAAAGUCCUUCCAAACCUUUCUCAGAGACUGCCUUUGGAGAUUAAAUUAUUUUUGACAAGGCUUGUUUCUGUUAAAUCUCUAAUACCAUCAGUAAGAGUUAUCUGUUUACACUCUGUAGCAAAAAAAAAAAGAAAAAAAAUGAGUCUAUUUUUAAUUGUUCUUAUCAAAGAAUGUUCGGUAUUUAAUAUUUUAAGAUCUAGCAGGGUACUGUCUCCAGUUGCUUUUGUGUGUUCAGGUAGACAGAGGUUGCACUGGCCCUACAGGAGUGCAGAAGCUGCAGCAAGAAAUUUCCUAGAAAUCCUGCAUUUUCAGAUUUCACAAAGCUUUUAAACUUAUUUACACCUUUAUUCCUGAGGUGACCUAUUUAAAAAUGGUUGUUAACUGAAAUAUUAUUAGUUCAUUACAUUUUUAUCUAAUUUAGGAUAAAUUUUAUCCCUUUUACUAUCAUUUUCUGAAGCUCUUGGUUUCCAGCUGGAGGAGGGGUGGUUGUGCCCUGUUCGGGUGCUUUGGUGCUGUGGGGACAUCAGUGUUCCUUCACGUGGAAUCAAUAAAAUCAGAAGAUGUUUC